AUGUCCACUUCAACCAAUGAAACGCUUGAUACCAAGGAGACUCUCAAACAAAUUUUGGAUACGGUGAAGGAACUUAAAUCUACACAAAACAAAAUCAUUACUUCUAUUAAUUCAUGCCUGGAAUCCAACAAAACCCAGGAAAAAAAGUAUGUUAUUAUUGAGUCUAAAUUAGAUACCCUAUCAAAUCAACUAGCUGAAGUUAUUUCUGAAAAUAAAACCUUAAAAGCUAAAAUUGAGCAGAUAGAAGGCAAAAUAACAACUUUAGAAACUACGGCUUCCCCUGGAGCUAACGUUGAAUCAGUUUACUCUGAACUUAUGGACCGCCAAUCUCGAGCUCGUAAUAUAAUAUUUUUUAAUAUACAAGAAUUUAAUUCUUUACCUGAUCAGUUAACUGACACUCUUACUGUUGAUGAAAUACUCAAAAGCAUUGAUUUAAAAAUUAAUCCAGUGUCUGUCCGUCGCUUGGGCAAACAAUCAAAUAAACCACGUCCUCUGCUCACUACCUUACCAAAUUCAUCCGAUGUCUUUGAAGUCUUAAAAGUAAAACGUAAAUUACUUAGUACUGCUAUCUUCAAGGAUAUUCGCAUUGCAUCGGAUCGGACAACUCAACAACGGCAAUUUUUCACUAAAAUUGUAUCUCAACUUAAACAACGUAAUGAUAACGGCGAAGAUAAUUUAUUUAUCAGAUACAUCAACAAUGUUCCUACUAUCUCAAAAAACUUAUAA